CCGAGCAGCACUUGAACGCAGCAUUUGCACAGGGACUACUACACCAGGCGAUCAGAUUUAGUAAACAAACCCAUUGUUAGCUUUACGUUUACUGGUCUUUGUUUGCGUCUUCGCUCCGAGAAAUUGGAUUUAAAAUCACGCUGUUUGACAGAAAGGAGAUUCUUGAGGCCCCUGUGAGUCAGUUCAGUUUGUAGUUCGCUGUUUUAAAGUGACUCCUAACAGCACCAGCUACACGAACCCUUUCUCUCUGACUGGCCUUAAACAAACGACGAGAUUAGCAGCACACUGCAUUUAAACCAUGGCAGUGUCACCACAGCGCCCCCUCGUGGCCGUCCUCUGUCUGCUCUUCUACUUCUUGAGGAGCGGCCUGUCAGUCCCUGACCCCCGGCAGAGAGAGGCCCUGAUGAAGCUGGAGGCCUCGAUGCAGACAGGUGGACAGGUGGUUCUGACAGAUGCUGAGCAGCGUCUGGAUACUCUGCUGUUCAAAAUGAAGCAGGAGGAGAUCAGGAAAGCAGACUUCCCUCCCUCCAUGCACUUCUUCCAGGCCAGGCACCUCAUCGAUAGCAGCCCCAUCUUCAGCCUGAUGCAAAAGAUGCCCAAAGGGGGAGCUCUCCAUGUCCAUGACCUCUCUAUGGUUUCUGUUGAUUGGUUGGUGAAAAACGUGACCUAUCGUCCAAACUGCUACAUGUGCUGCACCGACAACCGCUCCAUCAGAUUCAUCUUCUCGUCCCGAUGGCCCAAAGCUCUGCCGCGCUGCUCCGCCUGGACGCUGCUGGAAAACCUCCGGGCCAAGACGGUCAACGUCACAGACCUGGACAACAGCAUCGAGGGCAACCUGACCCUCUUCACCCACCAGGAUCCAGAGUCCGUGUACCCCAGCCAGGACGUGGUCUGGGACCGGUUUGAACAGAGAUUCCGGGCGUUGUGGGGUCUGGUCACGUACGCGCCCGUGUUCAGAGACUACUACCACGAAGGCCUCGCGCAGUUCUACGCCGACAACGUCAUGUACCUGGAGCUGCGAGCUUUACUCCCCGAGAUAUACGAGCUGGACGGGAGCUUUCAUGACACAGCGUUCACUCUGAAGACCUACCAGGAGGUGACCACACGGUUCACAGACCAGCACCCGGACUUCUUUGGAGCGAGGGUCAUCUUCACGAUCAACAGGGGAGUAAAUUUGUCCGUGAUGGUCCGAGUGGUGGAGGAGGCUAUGAAGCUACAGAGAGACUUCCCCGACUUCAUGGCUGGUUUCGACAUGGUGGGCCGGGAGGACAGUGGCAGACCCCUGUGGUUCUUCAGAGAGGCGUUGUCACUGCCGGCAGAGAGAGGAGUGACGCUGCCUUUCUUUUUCCACGCUGGAGAGACGGAUCUGGAGGGCACAGACGUGGACCAGAACCUGCUGGACGCCCUUCUGUUUAACACUUCUCGUAUCGGGCAUGGGUUUGCUCUGCUGCGCCACCCGGUGGCCAGAGAUAUGUCCAGGAAGAGAGGGGUGGCUGUGGAAGUGUGCCCCAUCUCCAACCAGGUGUUGAAACUUGUCAAAGAUCUUCGAAACCAUCCUGCGGCUGCACUGAUGUCAGAGGACCAUCCUGUGGUCAUCAGCUCCGACGACCCCGCCAUGUUCGGCUCCUCUGGACUCUCUCACGACUUCUAUGAAGCUUUCGUUGGAUUCGGCGGCUUAAGUUCACAUUUAGGCACCCUGAAACAGCUGGCCAUGAACUCGAUAAGGUACAGCUCUUUGAGUCCACCGCAGCAGGAGAAGGCCCUGGCUCUGUGGCAGAGAAGAUGGGAUAAGUUCAUCUCUGAAAAUACUCGUUAGGAGGAAACAGCCGCCAUCUUUGAACGCCACCAUGCUGAACAUGAGAGGGAAAAGUGUCUUUCCUUUUCUGACAUGUCAUAUCUGCUGUAAAAAAACUCCUUCCGUCCAAGUCGCCUUAAAAUGGAGCUGAUGGUAUCUAUUGGUUAUAUUGGGCAGCGUGAAACAUGCCUGAGCGUUGGGCCAUAAGAUGCAGAGUGAGGAUUUGA